AUGGUCAAGAAGCCCGAUGCUAGAGCUAUUGUGGGGCAGAUGGCAGUUCCUAUUCUUCCCAAUGAUACGGCAGCCGAGGUCUUCUCUAAAGUCGUCGUCGCCGCCGAAUUAGUCCUCAACGAGACUUUGCCUGCAAUAGUGAGUGGGAGCAUCAACAUCCAAAAGAUGGAUCUCACUCAGGGAUCCUACUUUGGCGGUCGUAAGCCCCAAGAUGGAAUCAUUGAUUGGAAAAUGAUGGGUGCGAGACAAAUCCACAAUCUCGUACGAGCAGUUUCCCACCCUUACCCAGGAGCGUUCAGUUAUACCCCUCGAGGAAAGGUAGUCAUCUGGCGCACAAUACUUGCAGAAAGCCAGGCCCUGUUUUGCUGA